UCGCUCCUCUGCUAGCCACACACCCCACACACGCAAACACACACACACACACACACACACACACCUAUACACACACGUACACAGUGCUAACCGGCAGAGGCAGUGAGCCAGCCAGCAGAGAGAGUGUCAACCAGCAGCCAUGACAGACACUGACUCUCUGAGCGAGGCCCUGAAGGCUAUCAGUGUGAGUACGGAGCUGAUUGAAGAGGAGCUCGAGCCUCAUUUGGACACAAUGCUGGCUGCUCUUCUGGAAAAGAAGGAGGAUGCUGCCGUUGAGAUCGUCAGAAGUGGGAUUCUACCCACACUGGCUCAAACCUUAAGGGGCAACAGCCGCCUGAGCUGCCAGGUGUCUCUGGUGGUGGCAGAGAUGGCCAGAGAAGCUGCAGUCAGGGAGCCGUGCAUCGAGGCGGGCCUGGUGACGGUGCUGGUUCCCCAUCUGAGCAGCAGUAACCAGGAGAUGCUGCUGAACAGCGGCAGGGCCAUCGGACGCAUCUGCUUCGACAGCCCAUGCCAACAGGACCAGUUAGUCCAGAGCGGCGUCGUCCCCAGACUGGUGUCCAUUGUUCGGGAGUAUCCGGAGAACGAGCCCCUGGUCAACGUCUGCCUGCUGGCCCUCUGCAACCUGGCGGACAUGGACUCUGCGAGGGAAGCCCUGGCUGACCUGGAUGUGGCCGGUAUUCUGACCUUUCAGCUGAAACGGGCGCCGGAUGCAGAACGCCGACACAUCAUCCUGGAGAUACUGGGCUCACUGGGCGAGAGCGAUACACUGAAGCUGCAGUUUGCAGAGUCCGGAGUACCGGAGGCUUUGUCGGAGAUGAUUCAGGAUCUGCAGGGAGGUUCUGACCCACACGACCUCUGCAGCAUCAAGAUCGCCUCCAACCUCAUCGUGUCCCUGCUGUUGGGAGAUGAGUCCAUGCAGAAGUGUUUCGGUGAGGGGUCAGGUCUGGUGUAUCGGGAUGUUCUGUCCUGGCUGCAGAGCCACAACACACAGCUGCAGCUCUCCGGAGCCCUGGCCGUCGCCAACUUCGCCAGGAACGACAGUAACUGUGUGAAGAUGCUGGACCUCGGCGUGGUUCCUCACAUCCUGAGCUUGUUGGAGCAGCACGUCGACGAGGGAGACGUGUCCGUCCAGCACGCCGGACUGAGCGCGCUCAGAAACCUGGCCAUCCCCGCCAGCAACAAAGUGCAAAUGCUGGAGGACGGCGUGACCGAGAGGAUCAAGACGCUGCUGCGCUCCGACAUGCCGCCGGUUCAGUUCAAGCUGCUGGGAACGCUGCGCAUGAUGGUGGACGGGCAAGAGGAGGCAGCUCUGUUGCUGGGGAGAGACGCCGUGCUCCUGGGGAGAGUCAUGGAGUGGUGCGAAGCCAAAGACCACGCCGGAGUACGAGGAGAAGCCAGCCGCCUCCUCGCCGCCCUCAUCAGGCACAGCCGCAGCCCGGAAGUGGUCCAUGCCGUCGUCAAAGCAGAUGGGGUUCGGCACCUUAUCUCCAUGGCAACGAGUGAACAUGUCAUCAUGCAGAACGAGGCCCUGGUUGCCCUGGCGAUAGCAUCCGCCAUCGACAUUGAGUCUGUGAAGGACCCGUUUAGGGAGGCCGAGCUGUUGCCCAUGCUGAAGAAGAUGCUGGAGGAUCCUGCCGGGGCAGUCGAGGUCAAGUUCAGUGCCCUCGGUCUCAUCUGCAGCCUGGCCAACUCCAGUGUGAUGAAGGUGGAGUUGAACUCCGUGCACAUGAAGGAGAGCCUCGGCACACUGACGGACCACAGCAGCAGUAAACUCGCCUCUCAGGCCAGCUCCAUUCUGGCCACGCUCAGCGACAGCAGCUAGACCACCCCCCCGCCGCCCGCACAAACAAUGGAAUCUCAUCUUCUGAACGGAGUAACCGGCUUACUCGAAAACUCUCCCUCACAAGCAACCUGUUCAACAACUGACGAUUGGUCAGUGGUCCUAAAAGCUUCAAACUGUGAUGGUCUAGGUCCCCCUCAGCGUUAAUCUUGGAUGUGACGGCAGUUUCCUUCUACGUAUGCAUCUUGUCUUUUCAAAAUAAAGCUCCGUCUUCACAGGAGGUUAGGUUUAGGCAACAAAAACACUUCGUUUGGGAAAAGAGCUUAGUUUACUUUAACAAUAACUAAAUAACACCACAUCACCAGUAAGUGACAAAAUGGUUCACGUACUUAAGGCCUUUCUCGUCUUCCGACCGUACACUUCAUGUAACACCCGUUCACCCAUACUCAUACACUUGCAGGGUCCAAAGAGAUACUCACGAGAUGAACGAAAGACGCCAGCGACUCACGCGACGCCACGUACGACAAAAUAUCAACGUGUACUUUUAGUGACGCGAGGGGCUGGAGUGUGGUUUGUUUGACCUGUUGAACUCCCGCCUGCCCUGUGAGGACCAACCUUCUCUCUAUGCCACAUCAGUUGCUCUGACUAUCGAAUAAUGGGCUUAAAUUAGAGUUAGUGUAAAUCCCGGUGUGCCUCCCACUGACACAGGAGUUAGCUGAAUGCCUCGUUGGUAUCAGAGUCUGAGGAGCACCGACCGACCGUUGGUAUUUGACGAGUUAGGAGUGAGACCAGGUAUCCACACUUUCAUUAAAAUAAUCUUAGUGCACAGACAAUGCUAAAUAUUUGCAACGGCUUCUCAUAAUGUUGUGUUGUGGCAAUAAUUGGUCAAUAAUUAUGGACAAGCAAGACUUAAAAUAAAUAGGUGCAUUUGAUCAGGAGCAUGAAUUAGCUCAAUAUUUUACAUAAAUAUCUAAGAAAGGUAGAGGUAGGAAAAAAUGGAAAAUUCACAGUUUCCAAAAUUAAAAGGUUUUAUGUCUGGGGAUCAUGAUGUACUCAUUACAUUAAAUGGUAAACAGUUUAUUAGCUUUUGACAUUAAUUCUAUACAAACACACAGUAAAGGUAGCGUUAAAGCCUGUGCACAGUGGGGUCGUGAUUAAUAACUGACAUGACAAUAUGCAAAUAUUUCAUAUCAAAACUAUUCAUACUGGCAUGCCUUGAGCACAAAUAAUAAAGUUCAAUAAAGUUCAAAAUAUAUUUGCGCUGGCUGAGGACAACUACCAAGAUCCUACUGACCCAGCAAGCCUUCGGCAGGCUGCUGUACGGAUUGAAUUCCCUCUCGUUCACAGUUCAGCAGUUUAUAUGUCAAAGGCUUUCAUUGUGAAAGGUAAGAGCAGAAGGAGGGGUCUGGUAUGCGCUGCCUUUGUCAAGGUGGAAAGGUGCAAUGAAGUUUGACAAUUAAUGGCAUAACGAUAGUGGUCAAAGGCUGUUAGUUGUGGGAUUAUAAAUCAAGGGGUUCUGCAAAAUCUGAAGAAUUCCUCAAAAUAACUAAUUUAUUUGACAAUGGCACUAAAAGUAGAGGUGAAGGAGGAAAUGAAAAUAACGUUUUUAUAUCAAUUCAAUCAAAUAAUUUCAUCUGAUAAGACGGUAGCCUAUGUUGACCAUUUGGUUUGCACUGAAUUUUUCUACUAAACGUUCAAUGCUAAUACCUAUUCUUUUAGUACAAGCUCAGCUGCAAGUACAUCACAAGAAGGGGCGGAGUCUCUCUCUCUUUGUUGUCAUCACAUGACUAACACAAAGGAGUCUUACAAAAUAUGAAGUCAAAGAAACCUGUGCAGCAUUAUUGCUUUUAUUUUUGUAAUGACUAGCUACCAAUAAAAACACGAGCUCAGGUUGUUGAUAUCAAAUUGAAUUCUUUGUAUUAGUGUCACCUCUCAUUCUGAAUAGAGUCAAACAACUAUUGUUGGAGCCACUGUAACAAUAAGCAAUACAUCUGCAUGGCCUCAGCUUAGUAGUGAAACAUCAUGAGCCAACCCAACUCGGUCGUGCUUGAUGAACCUUAGUUGUCGCAUGGUUAAAGAAGGAACUAUUUGGUUCUUGUUGGGACAUGGUUAAUACAAAUCAAUAUAGCUUCUGGUACUACUUCUCACCCCGUGCUGAGGAGUCAUGCCGCCAGCUUGAAGUCGUGUUCACAGUAUAACAGAAAAACCAAACUCUUGUUGCAUAUGCAGGGAUAUUGAGAAGGGAGUCUUGCUGUGGAAGCUAACGUAUUGGCAGGAAGCCGUUUGUAAAUACUUGCGUUAGUUUCAACUUAUUGCUAUUAUUGCACCGAGGGUGUGGCCAUCAGAACAAUUAACUCAGUGUCAACAAACAGUAAUACUAAUAACAUAGUACUAAUCUUCAUGCAGACUUUGAUUUAGGUUAGGCAAUGUCCUUAUAUGAUUGAGGUUAAGCAUUGACCUCCAACAGUUAAGGUCAGGCAUUGUCCUCCGAUGGUUGAUUUGAAGCAUUGUCCUCCAGUGGUUGAGAUUAGGCAUUGUACUUGUAUGAUUAAGGAUAGGCAUUGUCCUCCAAUGGUUGAGGUUAGACAUUGUCCUCCAAUGGUUGAGGUUAGACAUUGUCCUCCAAUGGUUGAGGUUAGACAUUGUCUUCCAAUGGUUGAGGUCAGACAUUGUCCUCCAAUGGUUGAGGUCAGACAUUGUCCUCCAAUGGUUGAGGUUAGACAUUGUCUUCCAAUGGUUGAGGUUAGACAUUGUCCUCCAAUGGUUGAGGUUAGACAUUGUCUUCCAAUGGUUGAGGUUAGACAUUGUCUUCCAAUGGUUGAGGUUAGACAUUGUCGUCCAAUGGUUGAGGUUAGAUAUUGUCCUCCAAUGGUUGAGGUUAGACAUUGUCUUCCAAUGGUUGAGGUCAGACAUUGUCCUCCAAUGGUUGAGGUCAGACAUUGUCCUCCAAUGGUUGAGGUUAGACAUUGUCUUCCAAUGGUUGAGGUUAGACAUUGUCUUCCAAUGGUUGAGGUUAGACAUUGUCCUCUAAUGGUUGAGGUUAGACAUUGUCCUCCAAUGGUUGAGGUUAGACAUUGUCUUCCAAUGGUUGAGGUUAGACAUUGUCCUCUAAUGGUUGAGGUUAGACAUUGUCCUCCAAUGGUUGAGGUUAGACAUUGUCUUCCAAUGGUUGAGGUUAGACAUUGUCCUCUAAUGGUUGAGGUCAGACAUUGUCCUCCAAUGGUUGAGGUUAGACAUUGUCAUUCAAUGGUUGAGGUCAGACAUUGUCCUCUAAUGGUUGAGGUUAGACAUUGUCCUCCAAUGGUUGAGGUCAGACAUUGUCUUCCAAUGGUUGAGGUUAGACAUUGUCUUCCAAUGGUUGAGGUUAGACAUUGUCCUCCAAUGGUUGAGGUCAGACAUUGUCUUCCAAUGGUUGAGGUUAGACAUUGUCCUCCAAUGGUUGAGGCUAGGCUUUGACCUUCAAUGAUUGAGGUUAAGCAUUGACCUUGAAUGGUUGUGGUUAAUAAUUGACCUGGAUUGGUUGAGGUUAGAUAUUGAACUAUUGAGGUACAAUGUUGGCCUAGAAUAGUUGAGGUUAGGCAUUGUCCUUCUCCAAUGGUUGAGGUUAUACAUUGUCGUCCAAUGGCUGAGGCUUUGACCUCCGAUGAUUGAGGUUAAGCAUUCACCUUGAAUGGUUGAGGUUAGAUAUUGAACUGCAAUGGUUGAGGUUAGACAAUGACUAUGAUUUGUAAAGGUUUUUUACAAACUUUGAAUUCCUUUUGUUGUAAUUAUUUUUGCUACAAUCCCAAAAAAUUACCAGUUAUCUAAUUGCCUGACCAUGCAGCUCCAGCAUAACAGUAACAUCCAUGGAUUACACCUCUCUAAAGAAAGUUCCCUGUUUGAUGCUAUCGCCUACAGCAAACUUGAUGGUUCUCCAUCUCACAGAGAAAUGCUAAAAGCACAAUGUGAAGAAGCCACAUCCACAACAUUAUUGAUUUGCGGUCUUUAAAUAUGUGUAUAUACAUUAUUUACAAGUGUGCUCUAAGCAAUUCAGUGUGCAUUUAUAUUUGAGUAACCAGAAGAAAUGGUGAGCAUGUGUGGUCUACACAAAAUAAAGUGAAUAAUCUGGCAACGGAAAUGAAGCAGCAGUUCUGCUAUAAUGUUUUAUGUUAUAUCUGUAUUGACAUAUUCGGUAUACAUAACUAGAAAUCACGAUAUAUUUUUCAGGGAGGGCAUUUUUGACAUUUUCUGAGCUUUGUUCUUGAGAGAAAAUAAUAAAGUUAUGCAAUGUCUUCCCCGAAAAGCUGUCUAUUGGUUUAUUUUUAAUUAAAGAAAUGAAUAUGAAAUGUU